AUGGAGUUACACAAAUUAUUGGAAAACAAAUUAAGUAUCGAAGAAUCACAAAAUAUAAAUACUAAAGAGGGUGAUAUGCAUUUAAAUACAAUAAAUGAAGAUAAAAAAAUAGCAACAGAAAAAGGAUGCGUUCUUAAAAUAAAAAAUUGUGAUAAUGAGAAGGAAAAUUUACCUAACUCCUCUUAUGAAAAUAUAAACAUAAAAAAAAAAGGCAAUGAUUUACAAUAUUAUAAUGAUCAAAAAUAUGACACCCUUAACAAUGCGCUCACAACAAGUGAAUCUUUUAACAAUAUUAAAAUUAAAAAAAAGUGUUAUGAAAAAAAUGACGACACAAUAAAUUUAGAUAUAACUAGUAGUACUGAAAAUUUGUAUCACAAUAUAAAUUAUGACUACAUUGAUAAACAAGUUCACAAUUUAUUAGAAAGUGGAAAUAGCAGUGAUGAACAAGGGGAAAUUAUAAAAGAUGAGAAAGAACAAAUAAAAACAAAAAUAGAAGAAGAUGAAAUAGAAAACAAUGAAGAAAUGCAAGGGCUAAAACAUAUAAAAGGUAGUCUAUUAUUUUCAAGUUUGUCAAACGACGAAUUUAUGAAAAUAGAAAAAAAUGAAUCGAUACCUUUUCAUUCUGAUGAAAUAGAUUUUAUAUGUGAAGAUGAAAUGAAUAAUAUAAUUUUAUCACAUGAACAAAAAAUAUCCACAUUUACUAGUUUAUUAAAUGAUAAUGAAAAAAAAGAAGAAGAUUAUGCAAAUUAUUUCAGGGGGAGAAAUGAAAAUAGUAUUGAAAGUUAUAAUGGAAAUGGUAAUGAAAGUUUUGACAGUAACAUCAAAACAGGAAAAAGCACUAAAGAAUGUGGUGAAUUAGAUAGUGAAGAUGAUAAAGAAAUAAAAAAUAUAUUAAAUAUACUUCAAAAUUUAAGAGAUUAUAAUUUUAAUGAUACAAAUGCUAUUGAUAAUGAUGAUAAUUAUGAAAAUAUGGAAGAAAAAGAUGAAUUAAAUAACACAGAACAUUCAUAUAAUUGUGAAAAUGAAGAUAAUAGCAAUACAAAACAUGACGAUACUAUUAUUCACGAUAAAAAUAUUCCCUUCCUUGGUACUGAUUAUAUACCCAAUGAUAUUGCUAGUAAUAAAAAGGAUAUCAAUUCGACAAAUGAUCAAACGGGAAGUGACGAAGACAAAGAUAACAUUGACCAUUUGAACAUUAAAAAACUGAAAGACAAGUAUAAAAAAUAUGUUUUUUCUUUAAGUGAUCAUGAUGAAUAUCAACGAAGUGAUAGAAGUGUACAAAGCCAAAAUGGAGAAGAACCAAUUGAAGAGACAUAUUACAAUAGUGAUACAAAUAUAAAACAAAAAAAUGAAUCCGAUAAAUGCCAGGAAGAUGGAAAUUCUAGUAAUACUGAUAAUAUUGGGGAAAAUCAAUAUAACUAUAAACAUAUUAGUGGAAUGAGUAAUAUUGAUAUGAAUGAAACCCCAAUAAGUGAUUCUAAUAAUAAUUUUGAUAAAAUGAAAAAUCAUAAAAAAAAAAAAAAAGAGGAAACAAUUGAAGAGAAUGAAUUAAAAGAAAUAAAUGAACUACAAACCGAUUCUUAUGACAAAGAAAAUCCUCACAACAAUUUAACUAACGAAGAAAAUUUAGAAUACUAUAAUUUACCAGUUAAACCGAAUGUAUUGCAUAUAGAAAGCCAAGAGAGUUGGCAAAAUAAAAUAAGUGCUACAAGUGAUUGCAUUAUUGAUAGUAAACAUAGUUCGGUUUCAUUUUAUAAUCACGAAAUAGGAUCAUUUGCGGAAAUCGAAAAAGAACGCAAUGAUAUGUAUACCAAAGUUGGUAAUACUGAAAAUAAUAACAACAACAAUGAUAAUGAAACGAAACAUGAAACUAACAAUAAAAAGGAAAUAGAAGAAACAUGGAAACCCUCAGAAAUAAAAAAUGAUAUAGUUAAUACCAAUAAGAGUUCUAAAAAUGAAGAAAAUGAAAAUUCUGAACAAAUGAGAAAGAGAAAAUUAAUAAAAGAAAAUAUUAAUAAUUUAAGAAAUGAUAAUAAAAAUCUGAAAAUUAUAGACGAAUUAAAUCAAAAUAUAAAUAAUUUAAAUUUUGAAUAUUUAAAAAAUAAUGAAUUCAAUCUAGACAUAAACUAUACCAACGAUACAAUGCAAAAUGUAUCAAUACAAAAAAAUAAUAACAUUUCAGAGAAAAUCGAAAAGGUAGAAAUUACAAAUAAUAAUUUAUUAGAUGAAAACCUAAAUUUUGAUUAUUAUUUAAAAACUUUGCAUAAUUUAAAAAGCCGAAUACACCAAGAGAUCAGUGGAAAUGAUAGUAGCAGUAAUAGUAAUUCGAAUUCAUUAAAUAAAAAAGAUAUCACAAUUAAUGAGGAAAAAAAUGAAAAUAAGGCUAUUCAAAAUUCUGAUGAAAUUAGCGCAAAAAAAGAGCGUGAAAAUGAUAAUAAUCAAAAUGAAAAAUCCAGAAAUACAGAAUAUAAAGAAAUCACAAAUAAUAAUUUUCAAAAAGAACCAAAUGAGCCAUCUGAAAAGAAAAUUAUAAAAGACAAGCAUCAGGAUAAAGAGGAAGAAGGUAAAGAGAUUGUCUUAAAAAAAAAAGUAAAAAAAAAAAAAAAAACGAAAAGACAACAUUCUUUAGACAAUAAUGAAAAAGAUGUAUCACAAAACAAUACACAAAUAGAACUCGUUGAAAAAAAUAUUAUCCUAAAAAAUACAGUGAAAGAUCUUCAAAAUCAAAUUACUAAUUAUAAAAAGAUGGAGAAAUUGUUUGAUAAAAAUAAAAAAAAAUAUAAAAAUAAAUUAGCAAUUAUUAAUGAAUAUGAAAAAAAAAUCGAUUGUAUAAUAAUUGACUUUAAUAAAUUAAAAGAUAAAUGCACAAAUAAAGAAAAAAAAAUAUCUAAGCUUGAGGAAGUAACAAAAUAUAUGAAUGAACAAUUUUCUAUAAGUAAAAUACAAUUUGAAAAUAAAAUGAAUGAAUAUGUUAUAUUUUUAAAAAAAAAAGAUUCAGAAAUAUAUAUGUUAAAAGAACUCAUAAAAGAAAAGGAAAAAGUGAUUUCAUUUAAUGAAAAUAUAUUAAAACAAUAUAAAGCUGAUAUUGAUGAUAUGCUAAAACAAAAUAUAGAAAGAGUGGAACAUGUAAAAAAUAAAUUAAAAAUACAACAAAAUAUGAUUUCAGAAAAAGAUUUAAAAAUAACUAAACUUGAGGAAGAUAUACGGGUAAAUGAUGCCAAAAUAAAUGCAAUGGAAAAUAAAAUUAAAGCCUUACAAAAUCAAAUCGAAUUAGAGGUAAAAGAGAAAAAUGAAUUAAAAAAAAAUUACGAAAAGGAAAAUAAGGAAAAGGACGCACUCUCUAAAAAAUUAGACGAAAUUGUUAAAGAAAAAAACAAUUUACAUUAUAAAAUAGAAGAAUUAUUAAAAACUGAAAAAAAUAUUAUCGAUGAUAAAGCAGAGCUACUUGAAUGUAAAAACGAACUAAGUAUAGAAAAUGAAAAAAUAAAAUUUGAAAUAAAUACUAUGAUAAUAGAAAAGGAAAAGAUGGAAGAAAAGUACAAUUUAGCUAACUCCAAAAAAGACCAAAUAAAUAUUGAAAUGGAAAUAUUAAAAAAGACUUAUGAAAAUAAUGUUAAUGAAUUAGAAAAAUUAAAAGAAGAUUUUAAAAAUGUUCAAAAAAAUUACAACCAAUUGAAAGAAGAAAAAGACAGAAUUGAAAAAAGCUACUCAACAGAAGUAGAAGAAAAAAAUAAAAUUCAAAAUAGUUUUGAAGCGACAAAAAACGAAUUAGCAACCCGCGAAAAUCAAAAAGAAUUGUUACAAAAUGAUUUGAAUAAUUUACAAAAAUAUCUUGAUGAAACUGUUACAAAAAAUGAAGAAGAAAUUAAAGGAUUAAAAAAACAGCUAAGUGAAUUGGAAGAAAAAUUAGAAGAAGCGAAUAAUUUAUAUUUUAAAGAAAAAGAAGUUAUAGAAAAAUUAAAUAAAGAAAAAAAUAAAUUUAUAAAAGAGUUUGAUAAACUAAAAAAUAAAAAUAAAAAAAUUACAUCAAAAAUGAAAGAAACACAAAUUUCUAAUGAAAAAACAAUAAAUGAUGUUAUAAAAGAAAAAAAUGAAUCCUUAGAAAAAGAAAAAAGUAAAUUCACAGAAAAAGUUCAAUCAUUAGAACAGGCGUUUCAAGAGUCAUAUAACGAAUUACAUUGUCAAAAAAAAAAUAUACAAAAUGAAUUAGAAGAAUUAAAAAUAAUUAACCAAGAUAUAAAAAACAAUUCCAAAAAUCUUCUAAAUGUUAAUGAUGCACUUGUUAAAGAAAUGAAGGCAUAUAAUAUCGAAAAGGAACAAUUCAUUAAAGGCUUAAAAAAUAUUAAAGAAGCAUAUAUAAAAAUAAAAAAUGAAAAUCAGCAGCUUAAAAAAAAUGCAUUUUCAUUUAUCCAAAAAGACAUAGAACAAAACUAUGUGCCAAUUAAUAUACAUAACACUGUUUUAAAUGAAAAAAAAACUUAUAUUUCAGAAAUUGAUAUUCUUAAAUCGAAAGUUAAAAAAUCAGAAAAUGAUAUAACUAAUUUAUCCAAAGAAAAAUCAGAACUUUCUGAAAAAUUAAAAAAAAUUAAUCAACAAAAUGAAGAUCUAAAUACAAACAUAAAGGUUAAGAGUAAAAUAACAGAAGAUAUUAUGAGAACUGUUGAGAAACUAAAAUCAGACAUAACCAAUAAAGAAGAAGAAAUAAAAAAGAAAACACUUGAAAUUAAAAAAAUGGAAAGAGAAUAUAAAACUUUAUUGGAUGAUUAUAAAAUGGAAAAAAAAAAUUUAAUCGCAAAAUAUGAAAAUGAACUUGAUGAAUAUAUGAAUAAGUGUGAAUUUGCUCAUUCUAAGUAUAAGAAGUACGAAGAAGAAGUUAAAGAAAUGAAAAGCAAAUUAAAAAUGAAGGAUGAAAUAUUGGAGUAUACACAUAAGGAGAUCGAAAACAUUAAAGAAUCAUUCUGCAAAGAAUAUGAACAUAAAAUACAAGCUGUUAUUGAGGAAAAGGACAAAGAGAUUCACGCGAUGCAAAAGAAGUUUAAGGAUCUCAACGAAGAAAAUACAGAAAAUAAAAACGAAAUUGCAAAAUUAGGUAAAAUGCUCGAAGAUGCAAACAAAAAGAUUAAAAAGAGAGACAUGGAAAUGUAUAUAUUGCUUGACGAAAAUAAAAAACAAAAAGAAAAAGCAGCCAAAAAAAUGAAUAAAGUUAAUGAGUUAUUAAAUAAUUUACAAAAAGAAUAUACUGACAAUAUACCAUAA